ACCUUCGUUGGGUGAUUGAGAAGGAAAGGGAACGUCAUGCCUAAUAGAAUCAGAGACUCGGGGGGCAACGCCAUGCUGCCAAAAUCUAUGCCUCCAGAUCCAUGAUGAAGGAGGCUUGGCAUAUAGAUCACUCUCGUAUGGUUAAGCCUCCACAACGACCUCCAAGUAAAAGGUGGGAGAAGGUUGUGCAUCCCAAGUUUCCAAAAGAACCUAAAGAAAAUGAUUUUAAAUGGGAGAGGCAGCACCAAGCUGCGUUUGAUGCCAUCAAGGAAUACUUGUCCAAGCCACCUAUGUUGAUUCCUCCAAUUGCUUCAAGUGUAAAAAUUCCUGAAGGCAUCUUGAAGAAAGUGAUCGUCAUUGAAAAACGUAUGCUACCUUCAAUUCAUCAAAGAGGGAUGACAGUGGAAGCAUGCUCACUAGAUGUCACACCUACAAACUGGAGGCAUCCAAUAAUAGAACAUUUGAGGAAUCCUAGUUCUAAAGCAUCAAGGAGAACGAGGAUGCAAGCUUUAAACUAUGUGUUACUGGGGGAUGUCCUGUAUCGUAAGGGGCAGGAUGAAUUAUUAUUGAGCUGCCUCAGUCCUGAUGAAAGUUGCCAUGUGAUGUCAGAUGUUCAAAAUGGUAUUUGUGGUGCUCAUCAGGCAAGGAUUAAGAUAAGAGCUUGUCAAUUGCAUGGUCCUUUGCAACGAGUACUAGCUUCUGAGUUACAUCCUAUUGUCAAGCCAUGGCCUUUUCGUGGUUGGGCAAUUGAUUUGAUUGGGAAAAGUUAUCCAUCUUCUUCUAAAGGCCAUUCUUUCAUAAUCGUUGCUACAUAUUACUUUACUAAGUGGGUGGAUGCAAGGCCUAUGAAGAAGAUUGAGCAAGAAGAUGUCAUCAAGUUCAUAAAAGAAGAUCUGAUCCAUAGGUCUCUGCGGAUUGCAAUUCAAAAUGGCUUAAAUUGUGGGGAAUACAAUGAGGCCACGAUCAUGGAGUUGGAAGACAUUGAGGAAGCAAGGCUGACAGCAUUGGAUGUGAUGAAGGCCCAAAAGCUUAAGGUGGCACGAGCUUACAACAAAAGGGUCAAGCAAAAGAAUUUAGCCAAAGGAAGCUUGAUCUGGAAGGUUGUGCUGCCGCUUGGCAAGAAGGAUUCGAGAUAUGGUAAGUGGUCCCCUAAUUGGGAAGGACCAUUCCAAAUUCAUAAAGUUCUUAAAGGGGGUGCUUAUUGGUUAAAGUCUUUGAAUGGGGAGUUGCAUCCGCACAAGAUCAAUGGCAUGUACUUGAAACCGUUUUAUCCGACUGUGUGGGAGGCAUGGGAUAGUUCUGCCUCCACGUCUGCAUGAUCCAGGUUUUCUUUCAAUAAGGACACGUAGAGUUUUGGCUUGAACUAUGGAAGCAUACAUAAGAUUUGGUGCUACCAAUGAGGCAUGGCAUAUUCUUAAGUUCUUAUUUUAGAGUCGUUUUGUUUGCAAAAGUCAUGGGUAGCAUGAAUUAAGUAAGAAAAUAAAUUCAUCGUUCAUCA